UGGAGCUGUGUGGAACAGCACUGUGGUGACAGAGAGCGGCUGAGCAGGAGAAACAGAGCUGGUCUCUGUCAGAGCUACACACACAGAACACAAGUUUCCACACGGAUCAAGAAAACAGCAAAGAUGGAAUUUUACCCCUUAAAAUGGAUUAUUAGCUCUUAGAACAUGCUGCUGUCCUCCUUCCCAGCAGGCGAGGAACCUCCUAUCUUCUAAAAGCCUCGACUGUUCAUUUGUGGAGAGUUUGGUGAAAGAACAGGAGCCUUGGGUUUUAGAGACCAUGUCUGACGGAGCGCUUCCCUCUACAUCAGUCACCUUCACACGAGGCUGUAAAGCCAGAGCAAGUCUACCUGCAGCACGUUCCAGCUGUCAAACAAAAGACAAGCUACCAGGUGUGCUUUUCCUGCAGUAUGAGGGGGAGACAAAGCAGGUCAUGAUUUCAACUGAAGUCAGCAGCCAUGACACCGUGCAGGCUCUGUUUGUCACUGCCUUUCCCCAUCAGCUCACCAUGAAGAUGCUGCAGCCUCCAAACAUGGCCAUCUGCAUCAAGGACACCAAGCGUAACAUGUACUAUGACCUGGAGGACCUCAGAGACAUAACACCAAAUUCCUGUCUGAAAGCGUAUCAUAAAGACCCUGUCCAUGUGUUCUGCCCCUCUACCAGACCUGCCAACUCUGAAGGAAUGCAGAUAUCUAAGGAGGUGUUGUACGGAAGUCACAGUCCGAUCCACAGCAAGCAUUCAUCCGGCCGCAACACCCUGCACAGUUUGCAGGGAUCAAUGUCCCCUCCGAUGGUCCGCUCCAUGCCCUCCUCUCCUUCCAGACUGGCUUAUGGUGGAGGUGACUUCCUCGGAAAAAAAGGAAUGGCAGACCCAGGCAGUACCACAAUACCACAUGAAUGUCAGCCUGGGCGAGUGCGGUCCCGCACCGUGUUCUCCAGCAGUAGUGCCAUACUGGAGAGAAGAGAUGUAAAGCCUGAGGGAGACAUGAGUAAAAGCACAGCCUUGGUGCUGCGUGGAGAUGGAGGAUCACAUUACCCUGAGUACUACCGUUCAGCCUCAGUGGAAGUAGGAAGAGGUCACCACAGUGUUUCUUCCUAUUGUAGCAGUCCUCCCAUGCUCACUGGAGGAAAAGUGGAGGUAGGGGUGCUUGGGAUCCCUGGUGGGCUGCAACAGUACCGAGCCUCCAUCAAACCCCUGAUGGUCCAUGGGGAAAGCAUUCAAAACCAUGGCAACUCUCUUCGCAGGCAGAAGAACAGAAAGUAUGGAGACGGUCAGAUUCAUCCACUCGGAAUCAAAAGUCCUCCGCCGUCCCCUCACAAAGGGAAUGAAGUCAGGAUGUUUAAUGGACAGGUGAUUGGAGGUACAAGCCAAGUAUCUCCACAGAGUAUGUCACCUAUUCACCGCUCCCUAGAACGCAACAGUAGUGGGCUCACAGUGGAUGUAAUAAACAGAAGAGGCUCAUCAUCCUCUACCUCAUCAGUAUUUCUUGACAGUCCUCUGGGUCAACCUGAAAUUCUUUAUCCGGCUCAUAUUACUGCUUGUAAUGUCCAAAGUGAGAGAAUGAGAGCCAUGGAGGAGCAGAUAGCCAGUCUAGCAGGACUGGUGCACCACGCCCUGUCCAUGAAGUCAAAUGUUCUAGGACAAAGGGAGGCGAUCAGUCAGAGACCUGAAGACAAACUCUUCAGCAAUCGACUUGGUGAGAAGUUAUUUUCAGAGGCAUUAUCUGACUCAAAGGCCCCUGCUGCUCUGACUGAAAGCUUCAGCCCCACUCCUCUUGCCCUCGAGGUCUCCCCCUUUGAUAGUGGACUGCGACACAACUUGAUGUCUGUGAAGAGAAAUAUUUGUGAGCUGCGGCUGCAACUCAGCCAACUCAAGUGUUUACAGCUAUCCAACAUGGAGAGUGUGAGUUCAAUGCUGCGUAUGGCAGGUCCGGAGCUGGUGAUGUUGAUGUGUGAGAAGCUGGCCCAAUUUGAGGAUGCAGCAUACAGACAGAGAGCUGAGAUGGAUGAGGACAGGAUCCACUACCUCACCUCCGAGGAGAAAAUCCUCACACAGCUUAGUGAACUGGAGGACUUUGUGGAGUGCUUGGAAAGCUCCUCUUCUGUCCAUGGCCAGCUGUCCUUCACCCUCAGAGAUGUGGAGGAGGGAGCAGUCAGCCUGCGAAGGCUUGGAGAGGCUCUGGCUGUCCUCAAAGGAGAAUUCCCAGUGCUGCAGGCAAAAAUGCGCUCAGUGCUCAGACUGGAAGUGGAGGCAGUGCGCUUCCUGAAAGAAGAACCUCACAUGAUGGACUCCAUGUUGAAAAGGGUCAAAAUGCUGACUGAAUCUUUUAGCUCUCUCCGCAGACUUGUGUCCGAUUCAGCACCCUCAGCAAGAUCCGUUCAAGUGGAGCCUCUGAAAGUACACGACCAGGAAAAAGCUACGACUCAGAGCACACGCAGUUCACCUAAACCACAGCCUCGGCACUCAGUCAAAGGCCCCCCACCCAGGAGCCAGGCUGAGGCCAGUUCAGGAGCCUCAGCGUCCCCCAGCAGAAUGAAGAGCACAGUCACCUCCAAUCAGCACAACAGCUCUCCUCUGACAACCAGUCAUGGACUAGAUUUGAUCAGUGUAGUCAAGAAUACACACAGACCAACUCCAGAGGGCAGUGUGUGUGUAGACAUCAGGAGCGUAAACCAGUCCAGUACCAGCCACGACCCCCAGCAGGAGAGUAAUGAUCCCAGUCACAGCCAGUCAGUCCACCUUCAGGAGACACCAAACACUGAUACAAAAUCUAUAGUGGAUGUGCCAGAGUACACUGCCUCAGGAUCGAAGUCUCCCUCCGCAUCAGCGUCACAGCAGAAUACUCCUGUGGAGUUGAUACAUGGAGAUAUUUCUGAAACCCAGAAGGACACAUUUUUAAAGCAAAGUGUUGAUGUGGAGUCCAGGGAGAGAAGAAGUUCAAACACAGACAUUGCUGAUCCACCUCCAGCUGUUUGUCCACAAGCAGAGAGCAGCAGGCAGCCGCAGGCGGAGAAACCCAGCCGCUCCACCGACAAGAGGCAGGCCAGCAAGUUCCCUCCUCCCCCACAGAGGUCAGGAGAACCAGUCACUAUCACCUCAAGAGAGACUGAUGGGAUUCAGGUAGGGACAAAAACCAUGAAAUGGAAGGUUUCUAAAGAAAUAUCAAAUAAAAUUCAUCUGCCAAGUGGAAAUGGAAAGACACCUCCACCCGUUACCAAAAUGUGCCCCUCUGACAUGGCAAAAUGUGGACAGAGGUUCACUCCUCAGUUUGAACAUCCAAACGUCUCUUCUGUUAAAGCCCAGAUUCCAGGUGUGGCGACAGCGCUUCACAGGGCUAAGACGACAACAGGUUUAGCCAAGAUGGAGGUUCAGCAAGCGCCCUCAUUAAACUGCACCUCGGUGGCAAAGGUGUGGUCAGGGGAGAGGGAGCUGCUUACACUUCCAGCGAAACAGACAGAAGAUAUUCUUGUUAUGAACGUGCCUGAUCAGUGUGAGGACGAAGCAGUUGGACAUAUACUCUCCUCAGCUGUGGCUGAAAAGGUUGUAAUUCCUCUAAAAGAACAAAAUCAAAGUCCUAAACAGACAAAUGGAUUUAUCAAGAAACCUCUUGAUGCGAAGGCGAAUGAAAUGUUGGUUUCAUGUUUACAAAAUGAAAAUGUUCAUGAGGAGCACUGGAUCCAGCUGUCGCCAAGGUUAGGGCCAAAGCAGCUCUGGAGUUCUGCUCACAAACAUGAAAGUUCUCCUUCAGUCCCCAAACCUUUCUCCCGUUUGCCUGACGUCGCCUACAGGCCAAGCAGCAUGCAGCAGGAACAAGACGCAGCUUUGCAAGGAUCCAGGGAUCAACCAGCAUGGAGAGAAGGAGGAAGCCUGAGUUUCACAGCGACAGAUGACAAAGCAGCUCCUCUUUCUCCACAGACUCCUGAAUGUAUUCAUAGAAUCCCAGAUACACACAUUAGUUCACAGUUUGGUAAGGAGGAGCCAGGUAAUAUGACGGCUUUUGAAGGCUCUUAUAUGGAAUAUAGUCACUGUGGUUUUCAAGAUAAUGAUGUAUCUGAUGAAGACCCUGUGAUAGUUUUCAUAGAGGACACUGAGCCCUUUUAUGUUCCUCUGUCUACCAUCUUUGAGUGUGAGGAAGAGGAUGAGGAGCUUCUGGCUCCCAACAGGACUCUGGAGGAAGAACCAGAUCUGAAAUUAAAAUCUCCCACUAGACCUGAUUCUGACAUCUUAGGAAAUGUGAAGACUUCUCCUCAAUCUGCAUCAUUUUGUGACUCUGUUUCUAAACUCCAAGGCCAGGAUCAGACAAAUAUGAACAUGAAAAUGUGUUCCAAAAAAAAGUUUAGUAUAAAGUUCCCCAAACACAAACUGGCCGCCCUCAGCCAGGUAAUGCGAACAGGAACAAACAAAAAAGGGAAAAAGGUUUCUAAAAUAGUUGCACGUGACGAAGAGCAGAAAGCAGGAAACAGACCAAUCACAGAGAGCAAACAGACCAAUGAGGUGAGCAUGAGCCAACAAUUCCUCCCAGACAACUCCUCUGACAGAGACAUCACUGCAGGUAUCAGCCUGUCAAAGUCGUACCCUCGGGUGGAGGAGCUCCGCAAGAACACCUUAGAUUCAAUGAACAGUUUGGAGGAGUCCAUCAAGCAGCUGGAACUGGAACUCUGUGUGGAAAGCAUAAAUCCCUCAUCUGAUGGAGCUCAACUUAAAGGAAGAGUGAAAGAAAACAGCGGCAGAUCUCCCUCCAAAAGAGCAGCCAGUCAGAUCGUGAAGAGUCAGAGAGUCAGACCACAGCCUCUGCUCAGCUCAACCAGCCAACAGAGCUCCAACACAUCUGCUGAGCGGCCCCACAACAAGCUACAGCACGCCCCCUGUGGGUCACCUGAGGGAAGGGCAGAAGUUCUGCAACAGCCCAACAAAAGCAGCAACAUGCUGUCUCAUCCUCAUGCUAACACUAGAAGAGGCCUCUAAGCAGCAAGAGCUAUCACUGUCAUCUCUACAGCUACCACUGCAUUCUACUCAUCAGCUCCUCCCUGCCCACCCGCCGCCUUCUUCUCCACCACAUGAUGAGGAUGUUGUUAAUGGACUCCUGAACUGACAGUGGGAGUACAGUUCAACCAUCUGGACUCCAAGAAUAAAACAAAACAACCAAUGAUCACACCAUAUUCCUGCAGCAAUAUUGUGUGUGUGUGUGUGUGUGUGGGGUGUGGGGGGUGAGAGAGAGUGACUGGACUGCACCUCGCCACUUCAAGCCAAAAAUAUGUAUGCACGUAUCUCUUAAAAAUAAAUGUUAAUAUUCGCAUCCUGUCUUACCUGUGUAAGCUAUAUUUAUUAUCAAAUAUAUUUUAGCAAAGUAAUUAUAGACGGUUGUAAGAUAGUACUUAUUAAUAGAUACUGUUGAUUAUGUACAACUGAAUAAUUUGCAGGUCAUAUGUGAAAUAAACAGAAUCAUUGUAGAGUUCUUGCUUACAUAGUUUUCUGUCUCUGUUGAGGUUUAGAACAGUUUGAAGUUUUAACUGUUUGACUCAGUAGAACGUGACUUAGAGGCUCCAUGUGCAGACAGAUGGCCGAAAUGUUGAGGACAGAUGAGAUGAACAGAUCAUGCAGCUGCAGCAGAGACUGCUGGACGUCUUUGACAUAAAUAUUGAUCUAGUAAGUCUUCAGAGUCAUGGAGGAUGGUGAUGCUGUGGGCAGGAAGCAUCUCCUGUUGUUGUCAGUAUUACAGUGGCUGUGAAGAAGCUUCUGACUGAAGAUGCUGUUGGACACUUAGAGUUGUAUAGAUUGUUUUUUAUUUGAAGAAGAAUCCUUCUUUGCAUCACCAUCAUCAUCAUCAACAUCAUCAUCAUUUUGUCAAGUCCAAAGAGACUCUUGUAUGAGCAACUUCCAGAGCCAGAAGUUGUUCAUCCCUGAUCUAACUCAAAAUGUUGUAAUUCUGCAUUCCAAAAUAUGGGAUGCAAUUUUCUUUACUGUACCACAAUAAGUCUAUGGCCAGAAUUCAUCAGUUAUUGCACCCUGGAACUUAAAUGUCUUUUCCUUUUUUGUUCCUCUGGAACACCCAAACACAUAUGCGAUACGAAUACAAUAUUAGUAUCUCACAUUAAGACUAAGCUGCAGAAUAUUCUACAUUUUAAAACCAGAAAUAUAAUUCAGUUUAAGCUGUGAACUGCCAGAUGUCCAGAUUCAGGAUAACAUGAGCAAUAUCAGCUGGCUUAGGCUGACUGUAAAAACUAUUUUCUCUACUUUUGGCAUACUGAAAUAUUUUUCAUGUGUAAUAUUAAGUCACAAACUUAAUAUUUCAAUUGAGAUAUGAAAUUCGUAACUCAAUUUUAUGAGCUAUGAAAUUGAAGAUAAUUUCAAAGCUAAUGGUUUCAGUUGGUUUGAAGAACAGGCACAGGGACAAAGAACAUGGAAAUACUCUAAAUAAGAAUCUAAAAUGUCAACUAAAGGCAUGUUUUUGCAUGGAGAACUUGUACGUCAUCUUCUUAUUAGAUCUGACUUGAGGUCAGUCUGUCUUUGUUUUGUAGAAGAGCAAUGUCAACUCUUCCUCUGUUCUGUUUCUUAUAUAAAAUAUGAACAUUUGAAAAACACAUUGAGCAGAAAUGCUUGUAUUUCCUGUAUUUAUUUGUGUGUAUUGUUCAUAUAAAAAUGUUUCUCCUGA